GAAAUCGGGUUAAAAGAGAAUUUCGUCGAGCUAUGAUCGAAGCUCCCAUGGCGGAAAGUGCUCUGUCACCAUACCUUCCUCAUUCAAAUUAACAAUCUAUUGAUUCUUAUUAUACGGUAACAGUUUGAUGAGUCGCGGAUCAAAUUAUGAGGCUUUUGAAAUUGUGCUUGUUGCUGUUUCUUGCAUUGUUUUCGGCCACUGAAUCGAUUAAAGUAGAAGAACUGAAUGAAGAGUUCACGGAGGCGUUGCUGCUGAGGCCGCUUCCCGAUCGAAAAGUUUUAGCUCAUUUCCACUUCCGAAGCAGUGCGCCGCCGUCUCAAAGAUAUGGCCGCCACCAUCACAUCUUCCCUAAAUCUAUUUACCAGCUGGUUCAUAAAUUCCAAGUUCGAGAGAUGGAGCUGUCCUUCACGCAAGGGCGUUGGAAUUACGAAAGAUGGGGAGGAUUUGACCCGAUUUCGAGCAGCAAUGCAAAGCCUCCUGGUGUAGAACUAUGGGCUGAGUUUGAUGUUCCUCAAGAUCAAGUUGAUGAUUCCUGGAAGAAUCUAACGCAUGCUCUCUCGGGGCUCUUCUGUGCCUCAAUCAAUUUCUUGGAGCAUUCGACUAGCUACUCUGCACCUCAGUGGAGUUUUGGAUCGGCUUCAGGCAAAUUACGGUAUGGCACAUUGCCUCGUGAAGCUGUUUGCACAGAGAAUCUCACACCGUGGUUGAAGUUGCUUCCCUGCAGAGACAAAGCUGGGCUUUCUUCGUUGAUGGACCGGCCUUCAAUAUACCGGGGGUAUUAUCAUUCCCAGAGGCUCCAUUUGAAAUCUGAUGAAUUUGAUGCAUCUGAGAUGAGUAUUGGAAUAGUGCUUGAACAAACCCUUACAGUUGUUCUUCGACCAGACACCUUUUCUGGAAAAACAUUGCAGCCAAGUUGGUCCUUGAGCUCGUUAUUUGGCAGGUCAGUUAGCGGAAAAUGCUCUCUUUCUAGUUCUAGUAAUGUGUAUGUGCAAUUUGAGCAGAAUUUAAUAUCUGAGGGGGAUAAAUUAAGGGUAGAUAGUGAGGCAUCGGAGAAUGCUGUUUCUGUUGGUGAGGAGGGCCCUCCUCUAUUUGAAUUAUCACUGCCUCCAAAUAGGGUUAUAAGAGAAUCCGGGAACUUGCAGAAAGCGGGCUCUAUCCUUUACGAGUUCUCAGUUGAGGAUUCCAAUGAUCUCAAACCAUUUGAUUUGGGAUUGAACUGGAAGGUGCCUGUAGCCUGGUCAUGUCUGCAGGCACCCUUACAGGCUAGCCGGUUUUUAUUAGGAAGUGGGAACGAAAGGGGAGCUAUCGCUAUCUCAAUGAAAUCUACUAGGAGCAACAAUGUAGAAAAAACUGGUGGUUAUAGUGAGAAUGAAUGCUGGCUCAGAGUGGGAGUUUUCCAAAUGGUACCUUGGUACGUCAAGGUCUACUAUCAUACGUUGAAAUUGUUUUUAGAUGGAGAACCUCAAUCUUCUAUGGGAAACAUAGAGAAAAUACUCGUUUCGCCUUCUGAAGACAAGGUGUCCACUGGAGUGAUGGAAAUGAUCUUGAGAUUACCCUGUAGUGUUAAUACAGCGGCAUUGACUUUGGAGUUUGAUAAGGGGUUUCUUCAUAUCGAUGAAUAUCCUCCAGAUGCAAAUCAAGGCUUCGACAUUCCAUCAGCAGUGAUACACUUUGCUGAUUUCGUAGCAAACAUGAGUUUUCAUGAUAAUUCCUUAAAACAAGUACCUAUAUUGUCCAAGUUACAGGAAGAAGUCCCUGUCUUCUCGUACACAGAAGUACUCCUCGUGCCUUUGACAACUCCAGAUUUUAGCAUGCCUUACAAUGUGAUAACAAUUACAUGCACGGUUUUCGCCUUAUACUUUGGAUCACUUCUGAAUGCACUAAGAAGGCGCGUGGGCGAGGAAGAAAGGCUUCUCAGCGGAAAAGGUGCAAGGAAGGCAGGCCCGUUAACGCUGAUGAUAUCUAAACUCUCUGCUAAGUUGCGAGGGAAGCCGUGGGAGCCUCCGAAACCAUCAUCAGAGCCGGGGAGGUCCUCCACGAAGUAUAAGCUGAUAGCAAAAGUUGCGUUGGUAGCCGGUGUAGCUGCCGCAUGGCAGUUCUAUUUUCAAUGACAGCAGCAAGCAAUCUCCCAUGUAUGAUUAUGUAUCAUGAAGAGAGGGACUAGAUAGGUUUGAACUUCAUACAUUUAUCUAAAUUCAGUUAGUGAUCAGUUUUGUAUCCUUGAUUUAUUCGUAUUCCAGCACCACAGAUUUUUUGUCACAUAUGAAAAGCUGAUAGUUUCAUAACA